AUGGAGAAGAGCUGCAUGAAAUUGAUAAAGGCGCAAUGCUUAUCUCGUGGUUGUGGCUGGCUGUUGCGGGCAAAAAAGCACAUUAGCAUCACCAAUGCCUUCUCCCAUGUAUACAGUCGUGCACAUCACGGACUUUGCAUGAGGCACCUCGUUGAAAAUCUUCGCGUAAAUCAACACUGUAGAGAACAUCUUUAUCUAUUCUACACCACGACAAAGGCUUAUUCCUUUGAUGUGUUUAGCGAUAAUUUUGUGGAAUUGAAGAGUAAAUGCCCCGAGGCAGCUCAUGUCUUUGAAAAUGUGCUUGAUUUUGAAAAAUGGAGUAGAGCACACUUUACAGGCAAUAGGUACGACGUGAUGACCACAAACAUCGCCGAGUCACUCAACUCAAUUUUGAUGGAUGAAUGGGAGUACCCCGUGUUAUACAUAUUCAAUUCAAUUGUUAAAAAAUUUAGAGAAAAGUUUAGGGAGCGACAUGCAUUUAUCGGUGGUAAAGAGAAUAUAUUUGUGCCUUCUGCGGAGAGGAUCCUAAGGGAUAAUAAGAGUGCGACCGAUUCCUUGUAUGUGGGUAAUCCAAAUGGGGUUCUUGACGAGUAUACAGUGUUCGGCAACGGCGUUACUGCCAAGGUCAAUCUCUUGGAAAGGAGCUGUUCUUGUCAGAAAUAUGACUUGGUGAAAAUGUUGUGCCAACACGCGAUGGCAGCUUUGCGAGAAAAGUACGGCGAUGGCAAAGAUUAUGGUAACUCCAUCUACGACUACUCUUCGCCAGUUUGUAAAGCUGAAAGUUACCUCCUCGAUACUCGAAAGCAAUUAACGUAG